ACUUGUUUGAAAAAAUAAUUAGUUUACCAUCGUCCAUUUACCAAAUUGAUAUUUUGAGGAAAAUAUCUUUCUUUUGGGAAUCUUCUUACUAAAAUCAAAAAUAUAAUCAGAUUUUGGAUCACGGAUCCAUCAGUCUGGCUUAAAACACUGAUAUAUAGAUUUAAUCAUCAUAUGUCUUUACUUUAUAAUAUUAUUUUUCAUUAUUUGUCAACAUAUAAGCAGCACAACGUAUAACAUUAAAUUGUUGGUGAAGUCAUAUAGAUUUUUUAAAUAUAAACUGUACUGUGUAUAAUAUAUAUAUAUAUAUAUAUAUAUAUAUAUAUAUAUGUGUGCGCCGUCGUGACGUAAUAAUAAGGAUAAUAGGAUUCGCAUGAAUUCUUUAUAUAAGGAAGCUUCACGUAAGGCAACAUUAUUAUCUCCCUUAUUGAGAAGGGCAAAGGGAAGGGUCAACGUUGGUUAAGGCGACAACCCAGAAUCCGAAAGCAAUCCGCUCGAGAGAGAGUUAAGAAGGAAUCUGCGUGUGGACACUGUCGAAACACGACACUUGAAGUGUUUGACAAUUCUAAAUCGUUUCGUUGCAGUAUAUCCAGGUUAGGACUACAAAGAACAAAAUAAGAUCUACUUCAUCGAUAAACCGAGAUGGAAAUUCCUAGUCAAGAAAUUCAUAUCAAGAUUGAUAACCCAAGAUCAAGCAGCAACAAGAGAAAGACUAACCUCGCUGAUGCCGAACCCAUUGUCCUGAUGUCUGUUUUGAGUAGUCUCCAUGCGGGAUAUUUCAGAAUAAGUCUUUCUCUGUGUAGCCAAGCAUUGUUGUGGAAGAUAAUGGUCCAUUUGCAUAGCGAACUCCCGUCUAUGGCAUAUUAUCUCAUGUGGUACCUAGCACUUGCAACACAAGUAUCACUCUGUUUAUUGUAUGCCUUCAAGUGUAUUUUCCUCUUUGACAUGGUGAAGGAAGAGUUCUUGCACUAUAUUGGAGUGAACUAUCUUUACGCUCCAUACAUUUCAUGCCUUCUAUUGCUUCAAUCAGCUCCGAUGAUCAAACCACAUAGCGUUUUGUAUCAGACACUAUUCUGGAUCUUUGUUGUUCCAGUCUUGACCCUAGACACAAAGCUUUAUGGACAAUGGUUCACAACAGAGAAAAGAUUUUUGUCGAUAAUGGCAAACCCGGCAAGCCAAGUAUCAGUAAUCGCAAACCUAGUGGCUGCAAGGGGAGCAGCAGAGAUGGGUUGGAAAGAGUGUGCUCUAUGCUUGUUCUCACUUGGGAUGGUUCAUUAUUUGGUUAUAUUUGUCACACUUUAUCAACGCUUACCAGGCGGAAACAAUUUCCCAACCACGCUAAGACCGGUUUUCUUCUUGUUUUUCGCUGCACCAGCGACUGCAAGUCUAGCUUGGAACUCUAUUUGUGGAACCUUUGAUACUAUAGCCAAGAUGUUAUUCUUCCUUUCACUCUUCAUCUUUAUGUCCCUGGUUUGUAGGCCAAAUCUUUUGAAGAAGUCGAUAAAAAGAUUCAAUGUCGCGUGGUGGGCUUACUCAUUCCCUAUCACAUUUCUCGCUUUAGACUCGGUUCAGUACGCGCAAGAGGUGAAAGACCAUGUCGCUUCGGGCUUGAUGUUUAUCUUCUCAUCCAUCUCAGUUUUGAUAUUCUUCGGUGUGAUGUUACUGACAGCAGCAAACAGCAAAAGAUUACUCAGACGUGAUCAUGUCCUCUGGUCUGCUACUUGUCCAAAAGACAAAUAAACAUCGUAUGCGAAAUUUGUAAACCAAAGCUAAUAAUCUACCCACAAAAGAAUGUAUAUAUUGGUUGCACAACUAGCUACACAAGAAAUUUCUGUUGGGAGAUUAACCAACUACAGACUAUGUAAUACAAUUUAUAGAAAUUUCUCUUUGUACUCUCUACUCUAGUUAAGAGACACAUUUGACUAUCUCUGAAAUGUAAACCGGGAAAGCUGAAUUG